AGGCGAUCGAGCUGAUGCUGAACAUUUCAAGCGUGAUUUUCGAAGAGUUGUUGGCCUUCAUGAAAUUCGCUCUGUAAAUGAGCCACAACUGAUUAACGGCUUGUACUAUUCCUUGAAAAACACAACUCCUUGAUCCUAACUUAGAAGUCACAGUAUGCAGUAAAUCGAUGUCGAUCGUGAUCAGUCCGCAGUGCGAGUGAACUGUGGUCACGCGGACAGGCAGGAGUGUGAACAAUGGCAGACAGGGUGCGCUAUAACAUAGCCUUCCUACUUUCCAAUCUAGAUGUAUCCGUGAUCUUGGAACUCUUGCUGGAGAAUGAUGUGCUGGACGUUGAUGAAUAUAAAACUGCCUCCAGCAAGGAGAACGUGAAGUCUGAUCUGACGAAGUACGUGGUGAGGUUGAUGCUAACGAAAACGGAGGAACAGGUGGAUUCGUUCCUGAGGCUCAUUCAGCACAGCCAGCCUCAUGUAGCUGAACAUGUCGCCAGUACCAUGGCGAAGCGACGCGAUGCAACUGCCAGUGGGAAAACUGCCCGUCCCUCGAAGCCAAUGUCGGCAGAUGGUGAGUCAACACGUGGCUCGUCCUCCGACAAUCCGUUUGACCUGACAAGGUUUGUGUGUGACAUUCAACCAUGGUUGAACAAAGUUGACCCAGAUCGACUGCGGCAGAUGGUGAUCAAGAAAUAUCUCAUAACUGACAGCGCAUCAAUAGAGAGACUAAAGAGAAUUCAGUCCCGGGAUAGACUAUCUGAUCAUAAUGAGGCGCUCAUCCAGUUGCUCAGAGCUGGUGGCCUAAAGACUUAUCGUGAUCUCUGUGUUGUCAUUGAGGAACUUGGUUAUGCGGACAAGAGCAAGGAAAUGCUCUCCAUUUUGUCCCACACAGGUACCACCAUGACAACAGUUGGCCAACAGAAAACGCAGCCAUCACAGCACCCGGUGGAAGAUGGCCAGGCCGAUCAGCAACGGACCUCCAGCAGACGUGAGCCAGUUUUCAAACAACCAACAUCAGCUGUAACUAGAACUGAUGCGACUAGUAUGGGUACAACAACCAACACAGCAUUGACUACAACGCAGGAUUCAACAAGAUCAGCAACGUCAAGCCAGUCAUCUCUACCGGACAAAGACCGACACUUCACUGGCAGGAAUGAGAUUGUUACAGAGAUUAGUGACAACAUUCUCACAGCAAAGUCCACAUCAUCAUCUACACGUGUGCAGAGUCUUCUGGCACCAGCUGGUUUUGGUAAGACGUCUGUAGCCAUUGCUGUGGGACAUGUAUGUCGCAAUGCUGGUUGUCGUGUGGAGUUCUUUGACUUACGCGGUGUAGCUGGUGUUGACGCUGUCCAGGCAAUGAUUCAAAACCGACUCGAAACAAACCCGGCUUCACCUGAAACUGCUGGCAAGACAAAACAAACAACUGAUGGCAUGGAUGAGGAUGGUGGCAAGCACCGCAUGCUAUGUAUUCUGGAUAAUGCCGAGGAUGCUAUCCAUGCUGGUGCUGCUAAAGAUUUCCAACUACAAGAUGUUGUGGAACGACUACUUCGACUACAACACAACGUUCAUGUCCUACUGACAAGUCGUGUUUACUUUGACCUACACGCUGCCCAGUUUAAACUACAACAACACCGUCUUGAUGGUCUGACAAAGGUUUGUGCUGUUGAUCUUCUCCAUGGUCUAUGUGUUGAAGGUAGUGUGAGCAUUGAAGAUGCACAGAGAUUAGUGGUUCAUUGUGGAAAUGUUCCACUUGCUGUACGCAUUACAGCUGGUCUUCUACAAGGGGGUCGAUUAACUCCCACCAGGCUGCUAUCGUUGUUCAAGAAGGUUGGUCUUGAUGUGUUCAACGAUGAUGGUCUGAAACCAAAUGAUCGAAUUCUGCAGCUGUUGAAAAUAGCAUACAACACAUUACGUCAGGAUGACAAGGCAUCAUUCCAUGCUCUCUCUCAACUGCGCUCCUCGUUCUCAUCUAAGUGCGCUUGUGUGAUGGUGGAUUGUGUAGGUGAUGAUGUUGAUGUGGUUCAUCUUGAAAGUUUUGAUCCAUUGAUCAAGAUUUGUUUCCUGGAUUACAAUUCGCAUUCGGAUCGCUACUCGUUGCAACCACUCAUCGCCGAGUUUGGUCGUUACCAAUGCCCUGAAGACAAGCAAUCAUUGCAGAUUCCGAUGUCACUUUUGAGAGUUUGGAUUCCAGAACCCAAAUGCUCCUGGAGAAAUCUGAACAAGAAUCGACAGGAGUGGGGUCACCGCUGCAUCUACCUUUGA